AUGGGAAAAGCCCUGAUAGUCGUGGACGUGCAGCACGACUUCCUUCCUCCGAAGGGCGCGUUGGCAGUGCCCGCAGGCGACGAAGUCGUGGCGCGCAUCGCAGAACUGAUGCGCGACGACCGGUGGAGCGUGGUCGUGGCUACCCAGGAUUGGCACCCUUCGGAUCACGUGUCGUUUGCCCGCAACCAUGCAUUGCCAGACUACAGCUCAUUCGACUACAAGUCGCCAGCUCGCGUGGGCGAGACGCAGCACGCCACGCUGUGGCCGGUGCACUGUGUGCAGGGCUCGUGGGGCGCGAAGCUGGCGCCCGAGCUCGUCCAGACGUUCGAAACGCUCGAGUGCGACCAUCACGUCGUGAAAAAAGGCUUUCUGGCGGACCGCGAGUACUACUCUGCGUUCAGCGACAUCUGGAACGACCACCACACGCAGCUGCACGCGCUUUUGCAGAAACACGGCGUCAACGACGUUUUCGUCGUGGGACUCGCGCUGGAUUUCUGCGUGAAAAGCACUGCGGUCUCGGCAGCGAACCUGGGGUACCGCACCACCAUCCUCAAGGACUACACACGCGCCAUCGCCUCAGAUGAACGCUCCAUGUGUAACCUAAGACAGGAACUCGUCCAAAACGAUGUGUCCUUGAAAUGA